GAGCUGUGUUUGUUCCAAAAGAAAGCCGAGGAGGACGGACUUAAUAAAGAGAGAUUUAACUGAGAACUGUGGUUGGAAUAAAGUGGGCUACAAAAAGGUCAAAUUUGAUCAGUUGGAGCAGAUUACAGUGGGCUUUGAAGGGUGGUGUGGAGAGCUGGAACCGGUCUGGGGAGUAAUAGAGUACAGGAUUGAUUCAUUCGGGCGGUGGAGAGAAGCCAGGACAGGCGCUUAUCAGUCCUAGAAGGAGGAAGAGCCUAGCUGCUGGGCGCUGCCGCUCCUGCCCGAGCCCAGAGCCGCCUCUGCGUCCCUGCCUGCUUCGUCCCCGUCACGCAGUCCAGGCACCGCAGCUCUCAGACAAUGGUUUCCCUAAUCUCUGACUUGGACUCCCUGAGAGGCUGGAAAGUGUUAAGAGAGACUGCCGCAGAGUUAUCUGGAAGUCCACCAAGUAACGGCACAGCCAACAAGAUGAACGGAGCUUUGGAUCAUUCAGACCAGCCAGACCCAGAUGCCAUUAAGAUGUUUGUCGGACAGAUUCCUAGGUCCUGGUCGGAAAAGGAGCUGAAAGAACUUUUUGAGCCUUAUGGAGCUGUCUACCAGAUCAACAUCCUCCGGGACCGGAGUCAGAACCCUCCCCAGAGUAAAGGUUGUUGUUUCGUAACAUUUUAUACAAGAAAAGCUGCACUUGAGGCCCAGAAUGCACUGCACAAUAUUAAAACUUUACCUGGGAUGCAUCAUCCCAUUCAGAUGAAACCUGCAGAUAGUGAAAAGUCAAACGCUGUGGAAGACCGAAAAUUGUUCAUAGGAAUGGUUUCGAAGAAAUGUAAUGAGAAUGAUAUCAGAGUGAUGUUUUCUCCGUUCGGCCAGAUAGAAGAAUGCCGGAUUCUCCGGGGACCCGACGGGCUGAGUCGAGGCUGUGCGUUUGUCACAUUUUCUACAAGGGCAAUGGCACAGAAUGCAAUCAAAGCCAUGCAUCAGUCUCAGACCAUGGAGGGCUGCUCUUCACCCAUUGUGGUGAAGUUUGCUGACACUCAGAAGGACAAAGAGCAAAGACGCCUCCAGCAGCAGCUCGCACAGCAGAUGCAACAGCUCAACACUGCCACGUGGGGAAACCUGACAGGGCUGGGCGGACUUACCCCACAGUACCUGGCGCUUCUGCAGCAGGCCACCUCCUCCAGCAACCUGGGUGCAUUCAGUGGCAUUCAGCAAAUGGCUGGCAUGAAUGCUUUACAGUUACAGAAUCUGGCAACACUGGCUGCUGCUGCAGCUGCUGCUCAAACCUCAGCCACCAGCACCAACGCAAACCCUCUAUCUAGCACAAGCAGUGCCCUGGGAGCCCUCACAAGUCCCGUGGCUGCUUCAACCCCUAAUUCUACUGCUGGUGCAGCCAUGAAUUCCUUGACCUCUCUUGGGACUCUGCAAGGAUUGGCUGGGGCCACUGUUGGAUUGAACAAUAUUAAUGCACUAGCAGUUGCUCAAAUGCUCUCAGGUAUGGCGGCUCUGAAUGGAGGACUUGGCGCCACAGGCUUGACGAAUGGCACGGCUGGCACCAUGGACGCCCUCACCCAGGCCUACUCAGGAAUUCAGCAGUAUGCGGCAGCUGCACUGCCCACUUUAUACAGCCAGAGCCUGCUGCAACAGCAGAGUGCUGCAGGCAGCCAGAAGGAAGGUCCAGAGGGGGCAAACCUCUUUAUUUACCACCUUCCACAGGAGUUUGGAGACCAGGACAUUCUGCAGAUGUUCAUGCCCUUUGGAAAUGUUAUCUCUGCUAAAGUCUUCAUUGACAAACAGACCAAUCUGAGCAAGUGCUUUGGUUUUGUUAGCUAUGACAAUCCAGUCUCUGCACAAGCUGCAAUCCAGGCUAUGAACGGCUUUCAGAUCGGCAUGAAACGCUUGAAGGUGCAGCUGAAACGCUCCAAAAACGACAGCAAACCUUACUGAUCCUAACCCCAGAAGCUCCCUGCUCUUAUUUUAGCUUUCUUAGGACAUCUUCAUGCCCGUUAGUUCAUCGUUUGCCUAGCAUGUCCCUGUGGCGUCUCAAAAAAAAAGUUUCAUCGUCCCGUCAUUGUUUCUGAUGUCUUUCUGACCUCACAUCAUAUUUGGUUCUCCUACUGACCUUUGAUCUAGUUUUGACCUUUGAAAUUUGCAUGUGACCUCAUCUAGCUAUGAAUUCUGGGAAGUCAAUGUGAAAAACAUUGCUGCAUUCAUGCAAGACUGAAAUUAUUAGACAAAUUAUAGAAAAAAAAAACCUGUGGCAAAAAUGUUUCUUUCUUUUUUUUUUUUUUUUUUUU